AUGAGUGAUUCCCACGAAGGGGACGGUCUCAUCGGUCAGCCCUCCGAUUUCUACACACUCCGAAGAGGUGGUGUCAAAAAGGCGGCCGGUCCCACGUUUGGAACAUUGCCCGACUUUCUCGAGCGGGCUCCGUAUCUCCCGCGGCCGGGCACUGUCGAUCGAGGCAGAGAAUGUGGCACAGGCAGAAAGUCAGACCCUUUCACAGCAUUCUGCAUUACGGAACCCCGUCUCAUGCAGGAAGAGUGGCAUAUAUCGAAGGUUUUGGGUAAAAAGCCAGAGAGGCUGGCCUGGCACAAAUGA